GGAAUUUUGAAAUUUACCCAUUGGUUUUCUCUCUUUCUUCCUGCCUUCCUUCCUGCCUUCCUUCCUUCCGUCUUUCCAUACCAAACUGUUACCUUCCCCCCAAUGCAGUUCACUACUUAAAGAAUCACUUGAAGAGCCAUUUUUCAUAAAAUUCCAAUCACCACAAACUACACUGCCAAAUCUCUCACCUGCAACAAUGUCUCGUCGCGGCUCUCAGCAUUCCGAUUUCAACCGUCCGCCGCAAUCCUCGGCUUCUUCUUCCACUGCCGGAGGCCGAGGCCGAGGCCGCGGUCGAGGUCGCGGACAUUCCGCUCCGUCUCCUCCGGCUCAAACAUCCUACCCUCCUCCUGCACAAACUUCAUCCGCUGCUUCUCUGGCCCCGUCUACUGCCGCUCCUCCCCGCGCGGUGGCGCCUGUCCCUGCAUCAGCAGGGCCUGGUCCAUCCCGCCCUCCGCCGGUCCAAGCCUCGCCGGCGCCAGUUUCUGGAUCCGGAGCGGUUACUACAACGGCGCCGUCUCCGGCAGUUCAAUCAGUUACUUCGGCGCUCGAGAAGCAACUUACAUUGGAGACGUCAGCACCGUCGUCGUCUAAGGCUAAUAGAUACCCAGACCGGCCAGGAUUCGGGACAGAGGGAAGGAAGAUCCAAAUUCGAGCAAAUCAUUUUCAAGUUCAAGUUGGGGUGCAAGAGAUAUAUCACUACGAUGUGGCGAUCACUCCGGAGAUUACUUCGAAGAAGGUUUCCAGAGAUGUUAUCGACUUGUUGGUUCGAGCACACCGUGAAUCGAUUCUGGGAAAUCGCAUGCCGGCUUAUGAUGGACGAAAAAGUCUUUUUACCGCCGGACCACUGCCUUUUGAAAUUAAGGAAUUUAAGGUCAAACUGGGAGAUAACGAUGAACCAGGGGCUUCUGCCACCCCAACUUCUUCCAGGAAAAAGCGUGAACGUGAGUUUAGGGUCACGAUACGAUUUGCUUCGAAGACUGACCUUCAUCACCUUAUUCAGUUUCUCAGUUGCCGUCAGUUGGACUGCCCUCAGGAAACUAUUCAGGCCCUUGAUGUUGUGCUGCGGGCUACACCUUCUGAGAAUUUUGAUGUGGUUGGGAGAUCCUUUUUUUCUCCUGCAUUGGGACCUAAAGGACCGUUGGGUAGUGGAACUGAAUAUUGGCGGGGGUAUUACCAGAGUCUUCGCCCAACUCAGAUGGGCCUGUCUCUUAAUAUUGAUGUCUCAGCUAGGGCAUUUUAUGAGGCCAUUCCUGUCCUUGACUUCAUUUCGAAGAAUUUUAGACUCGAUUUUCGCAGGCCUUUGCCUGAUCAGGACCGAGUUAAGAUUAAGAAAGCUUUGAGAGGAAUCAAGGUCCAAGUUAAUCAUGGACAGAAUAUUAGACGUUACAAAGUCACUGCAGUCACAAAAGAACCGCUCAGAGCCUUAAUGUUUAAUGAUGACACUGGAACAAAAAAAUCUGUUGUUCAGUAUUUCCAAGAGAAAUAUAAUAUUUCAUUGCAGUAUACACAGCUUUCUGCUCUUCAAGCUGGAAGUGACACUAAGCCAAUUUUUUUGCCUAUGGAGCUGUGUCAAAUUGUUGCUGGACAGAGAUACACUAAAAAAUUAAAUGAGGAUCAAGUGACUGCUCUUUUAAAGGCCACAUGUCAGCGUCCUCGUGAAAGGGAAGACUCUAUCAGACAGAUUGUGAGGCAGAGCAAAUUCAGCGCGGACAAAUUUGCCCGCCACUUUGACAUUCAAGUGAGGGAGGAUCUAGUGACACUUGAUGCUCGUGUAUUACCUCCUCCCAUGCUUAAAUACCAUGGAUCGGGUGGUGAAUCACAGGUUCAACCAAGGAUGGGCCAAUGGAAUAUGAUUAAUAAGAAAAUGAUUGCUGGUGGUACCGUUGAACACUGGACUUGCCUAAACUUCUCUGGAAGAAUACACAGAGAUCUGUCAUAUCAACAUUGUCAGGAUUUGGCUGAAAUGUGUAACAGGAAGGGAAUGCGGUUUAAAGAAAGUCCUGCACUACCAAUCACAUCAUCUCCAAGUGGUCAAAUAGAGAAUGCUCUUGUGAACCUGCAUAAGCAGUGUAAACAGGCGAAUGUAGGGCUCCAAUUGUUGAUUAUAAUUUUACCUGACGUCAAGGGGUCGUAUGGGAAAAUAAAGCGCAUAUGUGAAACAGAAUUAGGAAUAGUAUCUCAGUGUUGUCAGCCCAAACAAUUGUUAAAACCGAACAAGCAGCAAUACCUUGAAAAUCUGGCCCUCAAGAUAAAUGUGAAGGUGGGUGGUACAAACACGAUAUUGAAUGAUGCACUUAUGCGUAGAAUACCUCAUGUCUCCGAUGUACCGACGAUAAUAUUUGGUGCAGAUGUUACGCAUCCCCAGCCAGGGGAGGACAGCAGUCCUUCCAUUGCUGCAGUGGUGGCAUCCAUGGAUUGGCCUUUUGUAACAAGGUACAAAGGAGUUGUUUCUGCGCAGAAACAUAGGGACGAAAUGAUACAAGAUCUUUAUAUUGGAGAUCCGGCAGGGGGAAUUCCACAUUCAGGAAUUAUCAGGGAGUUGUUUCGUGCUUUCCGAAAUUCAACUAAUCGUAAACCGGAGAGAAUUAUAUUCUACAGAGAUGGUGUAAGUGAAGGACAGUUUAAUCAAGUGCUUCUCUAUGAAAUGGAUGCCAUAAGAAAGGCUUGUAACUCUUUAGAAGAGAAUUAUUUACCCCCAGUUACUUUUGUGGUGGUCCAAAAGAGGCACCACACUCGGUUGUUCCCUGCUGUUCACGGAGCAGGAGCACGUGAUACUACAGAUAAAAGUGGAAAUAUAAUGCCAGGUACUGUAGUUGAUACAACUAUAUGUCAUCCUCGGGAAUUUGACUUUUAUCUGAAUAGUCAUGCUGGAAUUCAAGGAACAAGCCGACCAACUCAUUACCAUGUAUUGUAUGAUGAGAAUAAAUUUACUGCUGAUGAGUUGCAAAUUUUGACCAAUAAUUUGUGUUACACCUAUGCAAGGUGUACUCGAUCAGUUUCAAUAGUUCCUCCAGCAUAUUAUGCCCAUUUGGCCGCAUUCCGUGCUCGCUAUUACAUUGAAGGUGACGCAUCAGAUGCUGGUUCUUCAACUGGAGGCAAGGGUGUUUCAGCCAGCUUUGAGGUUAAAUUGCCAUCGGUGAAGGGUAAUGUCGCCAACGUGAUGUUUUUCUGUUGAAGAUUCAAGAUGGUUUUCUGUAAAGAUCUGUGUGGAAAAAUAUCUGGUGUUGCGAAAUCCUUUUUUGGUCUAAACAGUUUGGCAUCAUCUGUUUUUUGGUCUAAAAACAUAGCUGCAUUGUGACUUACAGAGCUUUUUGGUUCUCUAGAACAAUUCUGAGAAGUGAAAGAAGUGAAAUACGGAUUAUGAAUUUGUAAGGGCA